AAUCUAUUCUAAAUUCAGUUGGAAUUGCUCAUUCAAAAGAAAGAGUUUUUAUUUUCAGUAGCAUAGAAACAUUUAAUAAGAUCAAUCCAACCCUAAAAAAAGGAGUCUCAACAAAUUUAUUAUAUAUCUAUAAUAUUAUAGUAUCUCAAAUUAUUACACUAGACUAUCAACUUACUUUUGCUUUUACUCAUUCAGUAGUAGAUGUUGUUGGUGAUUCUAUGUUUAUUAUUGUGCUUAGCUAUAAUGAUUUUCUUGAAAAUAGACAGAUGUCUAUUAUUCCUCUUAAUAUAGCCUGA